AUGGCUUCAGUAGCUCGGUCACUGGCCCAGCCAGCACGGUUCCUCGCCAGGAGGGGCCCAAUUGCCUCUUCCAUGCGCUACUUUUCCGCCUCGCCGCUCAACCGUGCCCAGGAAGACCCUGUGGUGCCGCCUCCUCCGAAAGAACGCGGCCCAAACGAUUAUCCCUCCGUGGCCGAGUACUCGCCUGAGCUUCUGAACAAGGAGGAGCGCUCCAUGUAUGACCUGAUGUCUCCCGAGGAGCGCGCGGCCUUUGACGAAGAGAACCACCACAUGGUUGCCGAAUUCAACGACCCGGUUAAGCGCGCCGCAGCCUUCAGUGAGAUUGACCAGCUCGUACAACAGAUCGACAAGGAGGAGGAUAUUCGAUUUGAAGAGACCCGUUCCCGUCUGAGUGGUUUCUGGGCUGAUGGCGAGCCUGAUGAACUCGGCCACGUCGAGGAUGGAGAUGAGGAAAUUCAUGACGAUGAAAUGACCGCUAUGGCACAUGCGGAGAUCGAGUUGCACCGUGAAAUGAGAGAAUAUGCCCGCAUCACAGCAUGGGACAUGCCAAUGCUGAACAAGCUUGCCCAACCAUUCACCCUGCCUCCCGACACCCACAUCCUUCGCUUCCGCUACACUACCUUUAUGGGUGAAGAGCACCCAGGCGAGUCCAAGGUUGUCGUCGAGCUUGCCUCUCAGGAUCUGGUCCCCAAGUACCUCACCGAAGCCCAGCGCCAAACAUUCCUCAAGCUGGCCGGUGUGCGGUACAACCCCCAGACCGACAUCGUCCGCAUGGCAUGCGCGAAGUACGAUCACAGUGCCCAGAACAAGCGCUACUUGGGAGACAUCGUGAACCAUUUGAUCAGAGAGGCCAAGGAAGGUGACUCCUUCGCCGAUAUCCCGCUGGACCUCCGCCAUCACAAGUACAAGCACCGAAUCCAAUUCCCCGAGGCCUGGAAAAUGACCGAAGCCCGCCGGAACCAGCUGGCUGCUCGCCGCCAGGAGCGCUUGUCUGCUGAAUCGACACGCGCCGCUCUGGUGGAUGGCAGCGCGAUCCUUGCUAAUGCCAUCAAGGUGCUUCCUUCGCUCAACCCCGCCCUCCAGGCCAAGGCUGAAGAGGAGCGUGGGCGUGUGGCUAUGAAGGUUGGUGCUGGCAAGAAGGUCGGCCGCCGGUGA